GCGUCGCUGUGACUCCGCCGCAGCAAUCCACUUUUACAACGGUUUGCUUUUUAUUUGACGCCUGGUUGGUGUCCCAACAACAGCUUUGUUUAGCUCGCCAUGGCUCUGUGCGCGGGUGUCGGAGCCAUGGCUUUGCCCAGCGAGCUUAUCGUCCACAUAUUCUCCUUUCUGUCCGACCGAGACAAGCUCCGGGCCUCGGCUGUGUGUUCUCGGUGGAGGGAGUGUCUGUUCUACCCCGCGCUGUGGGCCGAGCUCAAACUGCGGAUAGGCGGCGGAUCUACCUCCGAUGAGACCCCGAAGCUUGAGUUCCUCAUGCGGAAGUUUGGCUCGUUCGUGCGGGAGUUGCAACUGGAAGUCGCACCGGUGGAGGGCAACCUCGGCGCCCUGAACAACGACCCGUCGUCCGCCAGGAUGGAUCAGCCUCCCGGUCCCGACAGCGACCCGCAGCUUUCGGAGCGAUGGAGGGACGCCAUGGCUACCUACUUGGACCAGGUGUUGUGCGUGUUCUCCAGCAUAAAAAACAACAGAAACCUGCAGAAGCUGAGUCUUUAUGGAGACACCUUUAUUCUCCAGCAAGAAGGACUAUUAGACAGCUCCAACCUGCACCAAAUCCACCAAGGGGACAAAAAGAUCAAUGAAAUCCAGCAGCUGUUCAUGGAGCUGCUGUCGAACAGCAGGCAGCUCAAGUGGUUGUCCUGUAGUUUUAUGCUGGGACUGGUCACCCCUUGUUCUUUAGCCUGUCUGUCAAACCCUUCUGCUGAGAGUCUGCAACACCUCAGUUUACUGGACCACCAGCUAGGCCCUCUCAUCUCACCAUCGGAGCUGGAUCGCCUCUCCAACCUGCACUCUCUGGCUCUGGAUUUCUCAGACUUGACAUCCGAGUUGUGUGGCCUGCUGGCUUCUCCACGCCGAACGCCGCUGCACCGCCUCUCCCUGCUGCUCAACGGUGCUGCGCUGGAGUUCAAAGCAUUAGAGGGGACAGCUACAGAGGAUGACUGGAAGGCUCUGGUACGCGUGAGUGCCAACUUGCGAGUAUACAUCAUGGCCCUGGAGGUGGACAGCUCCGAGCUCCUCAGGUUCCUGAAGCCGAGCCUUCCCCUGGAGCGUCUUCAUCUCGACAGCUACAGCACACUUGUGACCGACGCCACACUGGAGCUCAUCUCUCAGCAGUACAACAAAACGCUGACGCACUUCCUGCUCCUUAGAGAUGGCCACGACUUUCCUGACCUCAACGUCAACCGCAAUGAGGACCCGUUGGUUCUGUUGGCAUGGAGAUGCACUCAGCUGGCUGUACUGGUGAUACACGGUUACACUGUGUGGUCCCAUAACUUGGUGGCUAUCUCUCGACUGCGAGGCUCCAGCCUCCGUGUCCUGACCGUCUCUGAGGAGAGCAUCGACUUCGACCCAGACCAGUCGGUGUACGUGGAGGGCGACCCAGUCCACAACUUGGUCAAGGAGGUCUCUCUGGGCCUCGGCCGCGUCUGGCACCCCUGCCUGGAUUCCAGUCUGGUGUUGUCUGAACCUACCCAGCACUUCCAUCGUGAGCUGCACGCCUUCAGCAUGGGCAUGUAGAUCAGGGCCAGCAAACCCAUCACAUCACAGCCAAUAACCAGUUCAGGCCAGGUCAGGCCAGAUGUGUAAAUCCCAGGUCAGGUUAGGCCUGUGAAUGAGGCCGACGAGCAGAUAGGUUUUAUUCAAUCUGCUGAAAUGGGUCAUCAAUGGUGUUGUCUGGUCUGAUCUGGUCCAUUCUGGUCUGGUCCUCUGACCUACAAAUAUUCAGAGCUCUCUCCUUCACCUUAAUAACCUCCAGAGCCUCUGUAUAAAUGUACGCUUGAGUUGUUUCCUGUUUUGUUUUUUUCUUUCUUUAUUUUUUUUUCUCCAUUCGAUUGUUUUCCAUCUCUCCCUGCUUUGUGUAUAAUGUAUUUUUUUUUUUUUCCUUCCUACGUGGUGUUUCCCUCGCCUGUAUAGGCUUUAUGUGUAUUUAAAAUCCAGAUAUAUUAUUAUCCUGCUCACAGCUAGAACAGGACAGGCAGGCAGAUUGAGUGAUGGACUAGUGGGAUUUGCGAGACGAUGUGUGUUCAGACACAAGCUAUUAGCUUUAGUUGCAACAGGUUAUUUAGUUUUGUUUUUUUAAACAUUUGUUCUGUGUUGGCGUGUCAGCCUGCUCCACUCUUGCAAAAGCUGGAGUACGUUGGGUAACCGAUCACUGAAUUCCUCAGUAACACAUCCAUAGUUGCUGCUUUCGUUGCUCUGAAAGAGCGCCUUGUGCACUUGUCCACUCGUUGGCAAGCCUUUUACCAGCAGGGUGGGAAUUUCCACUGUAUGAUGGCUGACCGUGGCUGGUGCCAAUCAGUUUUUAAUGCAGUUUAAAGCAACAGUCAGAUCAGCAUCUCUUUGACCUGAGGUCCGGUAAAGAGCGUGGCUUCUCGAAGCCAAAGGAUUUCACUGAGGUUCCAGUUGCUCGGUACUUGUAUCGCUAUGUGGUCUGCAAAGAUCCCAAAACUUAUCUAGUGAGAGAAACAGGAUGACAUACGACAAUAAGGUUUUCUUGGUGACUCAUCAGAUCACAUAGUUGAAUAUUUCCAUGUCUAUUGUCAAAUAACCGGACUGCAUUUAGAAUUUCAAGCACCUCAAAGCAUCUUACCAAAGGUGUUGUGGAGAAUAUUGUUACAUACUCAUAGCCAACAUUCCCCACCUGGCUCGCUUGGUUGACUUUUUCUUGGGGGGGGGGACGUAACCAGUCAUGUAAGCGGGAAGCCUCGUCUUCCAACUGACAUUUUGAGCCAAACUCGUCAAAAUCUGCAUUCAAUCCAUCACAGCGGAAUGCAAAGUGACUGUGUUCGGCUGUUUUGAUACUCUUGAUGUGUAUUUCUUCCUCUCCGACUAUUAUCCACAGCACUUUUGUGUGAAAGUCGUGUCGUUUUGUCUAAGUUUUCUUAUUGCAUGCUAACGUGAAGGCAUCAGUAGAGAAAGUGACACCAAAUGAGAGGGAGUAGAUGGAGCGUGCGCCACAUCAAAGAUGAUGCAGUCAUCAUCUAAUAGGCUUGUAUAAAAAGGAACGGAAAAGAGUUUCAUUAUGGAUAAUGCCAUAUUUGGGGUUCAUGUGUUUUGAAAAAUCUUUGCAACUGUUUCCAAACUUGAGGUCAUGCAAAGACAUUGAAGACCAUCCCUGGGGUGAGGCAGUUCUGUCGGCAGGAUCCAGUUUUUCUCGUCCAAAUGUGAUUACAGUUAAGAAAUGAGAAAAGAGCGCACUGAAUGUAAACUCAUCUCACACUUCUCCUCCUGUUGGCCGGUUGCUUAGCCUUUUUUCUUCAAAGGGAACAGUAUAGCUGGAUUCACCACAAGAGUGUCAGCAGAUGCAUCUCUUGCCAGGGCUGAGAGGGGAGGGGUAUACAACAUUGUAGUAUCAACUGAUAGCCAGAGCAGUGCAUGUCUUUCUUUUCUUUUUCUUUUUCUUUUUCUUUUUUUGAUUCCCCCUUGAGAAAUAUUAUCUACAGCACAACAAGAUUCUGGGUAUCAUGUUGAAUGGUUCUUCUCUGUCAGUCUCAGGUAGGCUUUUACCAUCACUCUUACCAGGACCGUGAUGGUGGUGUUGCAUCAGGUGUGCAAAACAAUCAUUUAAGUAUGGGACAUGGUUUUGUUGUUUUUCUUGUGUUAUUUUUUUAAGGUUCCUCUUGAGUCACAGUUGCCUUUGAAACAGCCCCCUUGUUUUCUGGAUGAGGUUGUCUUCGUUGAUGUUUGUCUUGCCAUCUUAGAAACCCUCGCUUACCCCCUCAGUUAGAGGGUUUGCAAACCUAAUCAUACAUUUGUUUUCAAAGAUUAAGGUUGUUCAAGACUAAAGAAAGAUGGCAAGGCUGAGCUGCUCAUUGCACGUGUUUUAUAUCUUUAGAUGUUGUGAGAUUGGAGACCAUAGAGUGGCUGGUGGGGAAACAAAAUCGAUGCUGUCAAUAGCAGACGUGCUUAUCGUCGUCGACGUGGGAUCUGAUGGUAGGAGGUUUUCUGACGGGUGGGAAACAAUGUCUGCCUGGAACAGCAGGGUUCGUCCGACUGAGCCUGUCCCUCAAUCAUUUACAAAUGCCAGGCUCCGUUCGAGUACCGCUGUUCUCAUAAAACCAGUGAAUGUCCUUCAGGCAAGCACGCCAUGUUGCAAGGCGCAACCCAGGUCCUACUGGCCAAAAGCUUUAUACCAAUACAAGCAACGUUGCUUGAUGAGUGGACCAUGUGUGGUAAAUGUUGCCAUUGCUGAGUGGGUCUGACAGCUGGGUCUUGCAAAAGACUGAAAGAAAUUAGUUGCGUUAGAGAAGUCUCUCUCCCAGACAGCGUCGGCUCCUCUGCAGUUACACUGACUGCACAGCUCGUGAAAAUGGCUCUGCUAACUGUGAAGGUCCAGUUUAAAGGCCGUAGUUUACAAGGUCGUACCAUCCAUUUCUCUUUGAUGUGGAACCAGCAUCAUUCAACACGCCAGCACUUUGCUCGCUUCAGAACAAAUGUGUUCCUGAUGAGAGGCCUGCAGUCACCGAACGUUCGCUCAUCUGUUACAGGACCUGAAAAGCUUAGCCAUGAUAAUCUCCCAAGUCCUUGGUUCAUAUCUCAGGAUAAAAGCACUUUGGUACCAAGAGUUUCUUUUUAAAGACUGCCGUGUGUAUGUAUAGCGCUGUACACUCGGAGGGGACAGAAAUACCAACAUAACAUGUUCAGACCAAACACUUGUUGGAUUUUAUCCCUGCUCCCCUCUUCCUCUUUUCCCUGCCGCCUCUUAUAAGAGCUUGCUCUUUUUAUGUGAUGCAUUUCACCAUUCUUGAAGUUCAUAGUUUGUGUAGAUUUCAGGAAUGAAAAUCAGUGUUUAUUUUAGUGGAAUGUAAUGUCAAAUUUGAUAGUCAACUCAGCUACACAUAUAUUUUAAGAAUUUUUUUUAAGCUAGUUUUUUCAUCUUUAACUUCCCAGAUGUUACCGAUUCAACCGUAGAGGUCAGGCAAGGCUGUUUGGAGUCUAACUCCACACAUGUGGCUGUGGGUUUUUGACAAGAAUUUGAAGAGAAGUCUGGGUUUAUCACUGAAUAAAUUUGAGCAAAAUGAAAUUCAAGAAUUCACCCAAUCACAAAGUGGACAACCAAAUUUAAGUGAGAAAACAGAAAUUUCUUUUGGUUUAUUGUCAAAGAAUCAUAAACUAAGAGCCUUGUGUAUAAUAUUAAAAAAAAAAUUUGUCAAAUUGUGCAGAAAAAACAUUUGAAAUACAAUUUUCUCAAUUUGAAAACAUUUUGUAAUGGAAUUUUGACCAAAUGGAGCAGAGCUAAUUCAGAACUUGGAAACACACAAUGGUGAGAGAGAGCGAAAGAGGGAGAGAGGCAGCUUUACAGGUCGAGCAGCUGUGUGGUCUGUCUGGGGAAGCUGGCUGUAUUGACUGCAUCUUUUUUAAACAUCUAGACUUUAUUUUUGUAGUCACACAGAUUUUAAUGUCUACAAUUUAACCUUAUUCUCAACUUCUAGAUAUUUCUCAAAAUUACAUUUCAGCUUUUAUUUUUUUUCUGAACAGCUUGACUUCAUUCUCAAUUGUGCAAUGUUUUUACUUCUUUCUCUAUAUUUAAACUUAAUUUUUACAAUAGAAAUGUUAAAAAAAAAAAAAACAGAGACCCCCCUCCUCCUCCCGGAGCCCGGUCACUCCGUUGCAUCACAUAGAGACAGUGCGAGACAAAGCAGUGCCUGGUGAGGUGGCGCUGACAGGGGGAUUGAUAAAUUGACCAGUGGAGAAGAGGAGGGGUGAAACUGACCUUUCCCUGAUCCCUCUGCGUCGCCGCCAGUAGCUAAAUAUCGAGCCAUCUCGUGCCUGAAACUUCGGGAGUCUCACUGCUUCCCAAACCCCGUAGUUGUACCACAGAUGAUGCAACAGUCGGCCGCUGCAAGAGUUUUAGCACUGGUCUGUUAAUUUCUUGCGUGGCAUGUCAGUGUUUUCUGGCGUGUUACUGACAUGUGCUGUGCAUACCAACGUGUGCGUGUCUGUGCGGAGGGGUGAGGUAUGUUGAUAGAGCAUUUUCAUAUUCAGCAGUGCAGUCUUAUUCAUGUUACAGCCAGUUACAGGACGUUCUCAGGGUACAAUCGGUUUUCACCAAGCAGCAGGCGGAGGAUGAAACACAACAGUAGCUCAGGCCUCUAGCUUGUUCACAUGAAUAUUGGGAGUCACUGGAUCUGGUUUACUCCCUCCAUGUGCUCGAAGCUGCCAAAGACCGCAGUGGAAUGAACCUUUAACGUAGACACAAGUCUAUGAAGUGCCCAUGGAUACUGACAUGCAGGCUGAAGGCUGGUCUGACUCUGUUCUCCUCCACACUUCCAGCACAUCACAUGGGCAGACCGCCUGGACUUUUUGCGUGUGUGGGGGUUUUUUUCCUGUGAGAAAUGUGUUGUCAUGCGUUUAUUUAGUGUGUCGCUGUUAAGGGUGAGCUGCGUCGGACGUCUCGUACAGCAUUGCCAAAUUCUUCCCUCUGUGUGACACUCAGGGUCUACAGCGCAUGUGGCUGGGGGCUCCGCAGACCGAGGGCUGGCCCGCCCAGUGCACGUGCAUUGCAGUGUAAUUAAGUCUUAAAGCAAAACAGAUCUGAGGUUCCUCCCCUCUUUUACCUUCAUUUCCUUCGCCUGUUUCACUGUGAGGAGCAAGUGAAUGUAAAAGGAGGACGUUGAGCACAUCAGGGAUUCGAACAUUCCCGCACAUGCUUCCAGAGUGUAGCUUUUAAACGAGACGGCAGCUUUCACAGCUCGAGACAAAGGCCAGCGUGUGUCGGUGUGUGUCCAGCCAAGGUUUUACUGAGAAGCGCUUAGUAAUUCUGUAAUGCGCUGCGCUGCUAGAGGAAAGACACGGGACAUUCCAGGCCUUCAGUUUACAAUAUGGCUACACUGUCUGCACAUACAGAGAGAGUCUAUUUUUUUUUUUUGUACUCGGUUUUGGAAGGGAGUGAGAGUUACAGGUGAGCGCUGAUGAGUCACACUGGAGUAGCAGCUGGUCUGAAUAGAGCCGUGGUGUGAUGCCAUUUAGAAGUGGCUGUUCAAAGUGUGUCAGCUGCUGCUGGGGUUUCGGCGCGCUGCAGCCAUUUUUGGGAGGGGACAUCUUUUGUGUCCGGUACACAAAAAAAAACAAAAAAACAAUCUGCCUGUGUUAAAUAUCAACAUGAACUAAGAAUAACACAGAGGUUAGAGUAUAUGGAUGUGCGUAUUUGGGAAGCACAGGCCGCAGCACAUGUGCAUAUGGUUCCAGAAUGGUCCGCGCUGUUUACUUCUACACCAUGUGCGCACGGGUUUUGCAGAGUUUGUCUGUACUAUACUGACUGAGUGGCACAGAGCAAGCAGAGCCUUGUUCUAUUGCACCCUGCCGCCGAAGCGGCAGGUCUGAAGGUGUUGGUUGAUCCGUGUUGCCAGCAGUUACUGUACACUCACGUGGUUUAGUGGCCCCUUUUUGACCUUUGUGUGCUUUGUUGUUGAUUUUGUCAGCCCUCCUAAUGUGCGCUCAUUUGAGUAAUCCUGGAUGACAGCAGGACCCCCCCCCUGUGGCCUGACGAACCGCUGGAUUCACAGAGCUGGCCUCUAACAUGCUCCAUGUCCGACGACGCAACCUCAUGUUUGAACCGUUGAGAGGCUCAGGGGUUCACCUCUCCGCUCAACACUUGUGUGGAAGCUCCUCGUGCUGCUGACACGGAGUGGAGCAUGAGCGAGUGUUAUUUUAGUACCAAAGCAAGCAGACUGUCAAAUCUGCGUCACGCUGGGAUCCGUGAGCCAGGCACUCAUCAGACAUCACUAGUUUUCUGUCCCACUUUGAUUCGAGUACAAACUCAAAGCCAACUCCAGAGUUUGUACUGUGGACUCUCAGGAUGAUAGCAAUGUUAUGGAAAGCAAAUGUUAGCGUACAGUUUCAGAAAAGAGGUUGUCAGAAGAUUCUGGGCCUUUCCAGCUUCCCCUAAGACAGUUUUAGGGGCCGUUUGAAGGGGUCCCAUAAGGCUUCCUCUCAUAUUCUGAAACUCCUCAUUGCAGAACACUUUCAUCUUAAACAAUCUGCGAUUGCUUGUGUCACUUUAAUGUCCUUCCCCCGCUUAAGUUCUUCCAGAAAGUCUCUCCUACCAAUACACAGUGUCCAGUGCUUGUCAUUUUACACCAGCUUCAUCAUGUAGACACCUGUCUGGGGGAACUCUGAGAAAUUGGCGUCAUCCUGUGUCAACGGGGCCUUUACAGCAACGUAAAACCUGAGCCUUCUCCGUUUGAAGAAGCACUUUCCCCUGAUUUCUUUAGCCACCUGUGAAACAAGCACCCCGCAGUGUAACAUUGCAUGUGUGACCGAAAAAUAAAGCAUGAUGGGGCCCUGUUAACAUUUCUGAAAGGAAAGGGACAUACAUGGUAUCCUCGUCAUAUUUUUUAAGUUUUUCAUCUGAAAUACUUUGGCCACAGAUGGCUAAAGUUCAGGCAGGACUGAAAGAGAGAGAGCUGGACUCGAGCAGGAAUGUAAGAAAUCUGAGGACCAUCCUAAUAGGUUUCAGGAGAAAAACACUGGAUGUACACUGUUCAACAGUCCGUGUAGAUAGAUGUGUACUCUCAGUGGGGGCGAUCACAGAGCGCAAGACCAUGAACAGGAGGCCACACUGAGAGGAAGUAUGUACGUUCCUUUAUUCAGUUACCUAAAAUCAUUUGUCCAUCCAGUUUGUGGUAAAGGUCUCGGCACAAACGGGUUAUUCAAGGGGGCUGUCAUACGCCCCCUGCUCUCUGCGUCUGGAGAAGAAACCAUGCUGGUGGCAGGGCCCCGUCAGUCCCUGUCAGGAGCUCUGGUGCACAUUGAGAUUGGGUGGAGGGCUGGACUAUAUCACAAACCUGACAGAUCCUCAUGCUCGGUGUCAGCCAGUUAUCUUCAUUUCGACCUGGGCUCCUGUGGCUCUGAUGUUUCUGGCUGGUAAACAAAGUCUUUCUUGUGGAGUCUGGAGAGCCAAACCUCCUAAUUAGCCAGGCAGGCAGGCCUGCUGCCCAGUCCAGCCUCACAACUAUGCAAGAGGAAUGCAUAUAAUCCACACUCACUGCUUAUUUUGUUUCAGGUUUUUUUUUUUUUCUUCUUCUUCUUCUUCUUUGGUUGGUUUUUUUAAAAUCGCGAUUUAUUUUUCCUCACUGUCACGCAGUAGAAGUGAAGAUGUGUACUAAUAAGAACUUGCAAUGACAAUACUUUGGCCUUAUGAUGAUUUCUGAAAUCUUAUUGUUUCGUUUGAAGAUCUUUAUUGAUUCUGGUCAGCCAGCCCAGCGACAGCAGCGGUGACGGCGGGCUCACUCUUGGUCUCUGUGAGACUGGCUCGAUGGCCCCAAGUUUUAUCGUGGUACGAAUGUUGUGCAUUUGUUUAAAAUCAGGACAGUUUGCAAUAACAGCAGUCUUACUAGUGGCCACAAAGGGGGCACAAGCAGUGCUGACAGCGCCCGGCUGCGUCUUUAGAAAACCAUAGAGGAAGAAAUAGAAACUAUAUAAAUAGAUAUAUAAAGUUCACACAGUGCAUAUUUGUAUAGGUCUCAACAAUGCAUUAUCGUGGUAUACUCUUAUGCAACACAUGUCCGGGUUCAAUUUCUGAACAUGAAGUAUAAAAUGAAAUCACACAGACUUUGUAAAUCAGAAGCUAUGAUGUUGUGUGUUUUUUGCAAAAAAGAAAAAAUGGUUCUACCAUCCUCAAUGUUGAAUAUUCUGAGCAUAAUGUUCCUGUGUGAGUGUAUUUGGUAAAGUGAGCACAUAGCACUGGGUUUUAUCUUCUUUUUGUAAGCAGGGAAGCAGAAUGUACCCCCAAGCACAGCUGGAUAGACUUCAAAUGCACCCAACUUCAAAACGCUGCCUUCCAACUCGAUUCCGUUGUGCAAUCUUGUUACAAAUAAAACAUGGUGCGGUUCCAAAUACACCCUAAUGAAGAAUCGGUUUCUCAACAGGAUGGAUUAUGAACUUAAACCCAAGCAAAGCAAAACUCCACCCUGAAUACUCCCCAUUGUGCCCAUGUGUAAAUGCACUUUUAUUGAGGAUGUGGCCGUCCAGCAGUGAAUUUCACAUCUGAAAUCAUUGUAGGAAGCUGCUCCUUGAAAUCUUCCCAGCUGUGAUUUUUUGGGGGCCAGUCUGUAUGGAACAAGUCCUCUAUACCAGCCCAACGGACAGAUUCAAUGAAGAACAGUGUUGAGCCAUGGUGUUGUUAUGGAGAAACGGGAGGGCAGUGCACAACAUGCACAUUGGGAAAAAAACCAACCCUCUUCACUGAGAUGAUAGCGUCCACCUGAGGGGGUCAACCUGCCGAAUGUUGAUUUGAAAUAAUGUUGAAUGAAUGCUUCUCUUCUUUUAGUCAGUGAAUAAAAACUUGAAAAAGCCA